AUGAGAAAAAAUGGUGGAGCGACUGAAAUUACAAAAUUAUUGACGAAAAAAGCUGUUAACUAUAAAGAGUUUGAAAAGAAAUGUGAGCGCGCGAAUACAUCAAAGUUCUGGGAAUGUCGAGAUAGAACUGUAAUCAUAAUCGAAUUGCCAAAACGUGAUCAUGAGGUAACACAUACUGAAUUCGCAGGACAAUUUUAUCUGCUUUUUCUAAUUUACAACUUCAAGAUAAAGUUACCAAUUCUGGAUCCACAAUCGGAUGCUUCAUUUGUACCAAACCUUCUCCCUAAUCCAGCUCAAAUCCAUGGUAAUCCUUGGCCAACCGUUAUUGUUGAGGUUGUUAAUUCACAAAGUCUUGAAAGUAUUAUCCAAAAGACCACUCAAUUUUGGUUAGCUCCAAAUCGAGUUGAAGUUGUAUUAAAUGCUAUAAAUUCUGUCGUAGAACUAGCUCUCAAGAUUCCAAUGGGAAUUACCUACCAAACUAUUGAUGCAGAAAAUCGACUAUAUAAUGGAUGUUCUGCUCCAGAAAUGCGUACUUUGAGUAUUUCACCACAUUGUAUUUACAUAGGCUGUCCUCGUCAACAUCCACCGCUUUCACCAUAUCCAAUCUCGAAUGAUGUUAUUAUCGAUUUAUUUCAUAUACAACAGCAAACAUUUCGUGUUAUAAAGAGAUUUACUAAUUAG